AAAAUUGGAUGAGAUCUCGUGAAGGGGUCAUGUUUUCAGAUAAGUUUGGUGAUGAAUUAGACUUGCUUUACCCCAUUAUUGAAGAAGGAGGAUCUGAUUCAGCUGCUUUUGAUAAUGUAUUAGAAUUAUUAGUUGUCAAUGGUGUUUUAACUUUACCAGAGGCAGUCAUGAUGAUGGUACCUGAAGCAUGGCAAAACAAUCAUCUAAUGACUCCAGAAAAGAAGGCCUUCUAUCAAUGGGCAGCUUCACUUAUGGAGCCUUGGGAUGGUCCUGCAUUGUUCACCUUCUCUGAUGGUCGUUAUUGUGGUGCCUCCCUCGAUCGUAAUGGUCUUCGUCCCUGUCGUUAUUAUUUGACCUCUGACGAUAUUAUGAUAUGUGCAUCUGAAGUUGGCACUGUCUUUGUUGAACCUCAAACAGUUGUUGAAAAGGGCCGUCUUCGACCGGGUCGUAUGUUACUCGUUGAUACUGUCAAAGGUAUCAUUGUUGAUAAUACUCAAUUGAAACUCGAAACAGCCAAGAAGAGACCAUUUGUUGAUUGGAUUAAGAACCAAAAGAUCACCCUCCAGCAGCUUGUAGAAGCUACCAAGGACACUUCGUUUGUUCAAUUAGAUGAUACUACAAUCCAUACCGAUCCUCGUUUGAAGGCAUUUGGCUAUACUUUAGAACAAUUUAAUCUCUUAUUACUUCCUAUGAUCUCUGAGGGUAAAGAGCCUCUUGGUUCAAUGGGUAACGAUACUGCCUUAGCCUGUCUCUCUGAUCAACCUCGUCUUUUAUUUGAAUAUUUCCGUCAACUCUUUGCCCAAGUUACAAAUCCUCCUAUUGAUCCUAUUCGUGAAGAAAUUGUUAUGUCUCUUGAAUGUUACGUAGGACCCGAGGGUAAUAUCUUGGAAGUCAAUGAAGAACAAUGUCGUAAACUGACAUUACCUUCUCCUAUACUUUCUAUGGAUGAAUUGGGUGCUAUUCAAUCUAUGGAUCAACUUUUCCCUGAUUGGAAGGUGGCUACCAUCGACACUACGUUUGAAAAGGCACUUGGUAUACAAGGCUAUAUGGAAGCCCUUGAACGUAUCUGUCAAGAGGUGACAAAGGCUAUUGAUGAUGGCUAUAAAAUUGUUGUUUUAUCUGAUCGUGCUGUUUGUGCUCAUCGAGUCGCUAUCUCUUCUUUGAUUGCCACAGGUGGUGUUCAUCACCAUCUUGUUCGAAAUAAGAAACGUAGUCGUGUGUCUUUGAUGAUUGAAACUGCAGAGGCACGUGAAGUUCAUCAUUUUUGUGUCUUAUUGGGUUAUGGUGCGGAUGCAAUCUGUCCUUACUUGGCUAUGGAAUCCAUGAUGAAGCUUCAUCGUGAACGUGCCAUUCGUGGUGAAUAUACGAUUGAACAGCUUAUUUACAAUUAUAAAAAGGCUAUCAACAAUGGCAUCUUAAAGGUGAUGUCCAAGAUGGGUAUAUCAACUUUAGCAUCCUAUAAAGGUGCACAAAUCUUUGAGGCACUUGGUGUUGACGAUACUGUCAUCAGUCGUUGCUUUGCAGGUACCGCAUCUCGUAUCAAGGGUGCUACCUUUGAUAUCUUUGCCUUGGAUGCAUUGACAUUGCAUGAAGCUGGUUAUCCAACUCGUAAUCGAAUUCAACCCCUUGGCCUCCCAGAAUCAGGUGAAUACCAUUGGCGUCAUGGUGGCGAAUCUCAUAUCGCAGAGCCUGCUAGUAUGGCCAACUUACAAGACGCUGUUCGUCGUAAGAAUCAAGAUGCUUAUGAUAUACACGCCAAGAAUUCUCAUGCUGCUAUUCAACGCUGUACCUUAAGAGGCUUACUCGAUUUCAACUAUGAAGAAUGUAAACCCAUCCCUAUUGAACAGGUUGAGCCCUGGACUGAGAUUGUAAAACGAUUUGUAACGGGUGCCAUGUCUUAUGGUUCUAUCUCUUGGGAGGCCCAUACAGCCCUUGCAGUCGCGAUGAACAAAUUAGGAGGUAAAUCAAAUACGGGUGAAGGCGGUGAAAAACCUGAACGUUCAGAACUCGAACAAGAUGGUGUCAAGUUACGUUCUGCUAUUAAACAGGUCGCCUCAGGCCGUUUUGGUGUUACAAGCUUUUACUUGUCAGAUUCAGAUGAAUUACAAAUCAAGAUGGCUCAGGGUGCAAAGCCUGGUGAAGGCGGUGAGUUGGCGGGCCCCAAGGUUUCUGAAGAAAUUGCGUCCACGCGUAAGACUACACCUGGUAUCGGCUUGAUCUCUCCUCCUCCUCAUCAUGAUAUUUAUUCUAUUGAAGAUCUUAAACAAUUGAUUUAUGACCUCAAAUCAGCUAAUCCACGCGCUCGUAUCUCUGUAAAGCUCGUCUCUGAAGUAGGUGUUGGUAUUGUAGCUGCUGGUGUGGCUAAAGCCAAAGCUGAUCAUAUCUUGAUUUCAGGCCAUGAUGGUGGCACAGGUGCAUCUCGAUGGACAGGUAUCAAGUAUGCUGGUUUACCUUGGGAAUUAGGUCUUGCUGAAACUCAUCAAACCUUGGUUCUUAACGACUUGCGUGGUCGAGUUGUAGUCCAGACAGAUGGUCAAAUCAAGACAGGUAGAGAUGUUGCUAUUGCCUGUCUAUUAGGUGCUGAAGAAUGGGGUUUUGCUACUACACCUCUUAUUGCUCUUGGUUGUAUCAUGAUGAGAAAAUGUCAUUUGAAUACAUGUCCUGUUGGUAUUGCUACACAAGAUCCAGUAUUGCGUUCUAAAUUCCAAGGCAAACCUGAACACGUUAUUAAUUUCUUUUAUUAUGUUGCAGAAGAAGUACGUACCAUCAUGUCCAAAUUAGGUUUCCGUACUAUCAAUGAUAUGGUGGGUCAUGCUGAAGUUCUCAAGUUUGAUAAUAGUUUGCGUACCUUCAAGACCGCUAAUCUCGAUCUCUCUCCUAUCUUGACACCUGCCAGCGCCUUACGUUCCGGUGUCCCUACACAUAACGUUGCAAAACAAAAGCACAAGUUGCAUACUCGACUUGAUAAUUACUUGAUUAGUGAAGCUGAACCUAUCUUUGAAGGCUGUGUGAAACAUGUGAAGAUUGAUACAACUGAGGUUGUCAAUACGGAUCGUGCACUUGGUGCUACUCUCUCUUAUCAUAUCUCAAAGAGAUUCGGUGAAAGGGGUCUUCCAGAAGACAGCAUUCAUGCCAUUUUCAAGGGUUCUGCAGGUCAAUCCCUUGGUGCCUUCUUGGCCCCUGGUAUCUUUUUCGAACUCGAAGGUGAUGCUAAUGAUUAUGUCGGUAAGGGUCUCUCGGGUGGUAAGAUUGUCAUUUAUCCACCUCGAUGUAGUUCUUUCAAGUCUGAAGAAAAUGUGAUUGUUGGUAACGUCUGUCUUUAUGGUGCCACAAGUGGUCGUGCAUUCUUUAGAGGUAUUGCAGCAGAACGUUUCUGUGUCCGAAAUUCGGGUGCCCUUGCAGUCUGUGAAGGUGUUGGUGAUCAUGGUUGUGAAUACAUGACAGGUGGUCGUGUGGUGAUCUUGGGUUCUACGGGUCGUAACUUUGCUGCUGGUAUGUCUGGAGGUAUCGCGUAUGUUUUAGAUAUGGAUGGAAAAUUCCAUGAACGUGUUAAUACUGAAUUGGUUGAUCUUGAAACUGUAAAUGAUGAUGAACGUAUUGCAGAACUUCGUGAUUUAAUUGAAGAUCAUCGUCAUUACACUGGCUCUGAAAUUGCCGAUCGUAUCCUGAAAAACUUUAAUGACUAUUUACCUAAAUUUGUGAUGGUCAUGCCAAGGGAGUAUGCUUCAUUAUUACAACGUCAACGUGAACUACAGGCACAAGAAUCCAAUAAGAAGAAGGCAGUAGAUGAUACCCCCAAGAGUUUAGUUCAAAAGCAAAGAUAUGAACCCGCUGUGGAAGACGUUGAGGAUAGUAUCUUGAAUGAAGAAGAGAUCCUCAAACGACGUGAGAAGCUUGACAAGUUGAGAGGCUUUAUGAAAUACAAACGUAAAUCCGAUCCUUAUCGUAAUGUCAAAAAGCGUAUAGGUGAUUGGGAUGAAGUCAACGUUCGUCUUAGUCGUCCUCAACUCCAUGAACAGGCUGCUCGUUGUAUGGAUUGUGGUACCCCCUUCUGUCAAUCCGAUACAGGUUGUCCUCUUGGUAACAUUAUUCCUAAAUGGAAUGAACUCGUUUACAAAGAUAACUGGAAGGAUGCCCUUGAUCGUCUCUUGAUGACGAACAAUUUCCCUGAAUUUACAGGUCGUGUUUGCCCCGCACCUUGUGAAUCAGCCUGUGUCCUUGGUAUCUCUGAGAAGCCUGUAGCGAUUAAGAGUAUUGAAUGUGCUAUUAUUGAUUAUGCCUUUAAGAAAGGUUGGAUGAUUCCCAAACCCCCUGCUCAACGUACAGGUAAAAGAAUUGCCAUUAUCGGUUCUGGUCCUGCUGGUUUAGCUGCCGCUGAUCAACUCAAUAAGGCAGGUCAUGUUGUCGUUGUUUAUGAUCGUAAUGAUCGUAUGGGUGGUUUACUUAUGUACGGAAUUCCAAACAUGAAACUGGAUAAAAAAAUUGUUCAAAGACGUAUUGAUCUCUUGGCCGCUGAGGGAGUUAAGUUUGUCACGAAUGCCAAUGUGGGUGUGAAUGUAGAUGUUCAAAAGCUUCGAGCAGAGAACGAUGUCCUCCUUGUUGCUACGGGUGCUACAUGGCCUCGUGAUCUCAAGAUCCCCGGUCGUGAAGCUGACGGUAUUCAUUUCGCUAUGGAUUUCCUUCAAGCCAACACCAAGAGCUUGCUUGAUUCAGGUCUCAAGGAUGGUAAUUACCUCUCUGCGAAAGAUAAAAGAGUGAUUGUUAUUGGUGGUGGUGAUACUGGUAAUGACUGUAUCGCUACCUCAGUGCGUCAUGGCUGCAAAUCUGUCAUUAAUUUUGAAUUAUUACCUUGUCCUCCACAAGAACGUGCGGAAGAUAAUGCAUGGCCUAAAUACAAAUUGGUCUUUAAGAUUGAUUAUGGUCAUGCUGAAGUCCAAGAGCAUUUUGGUAAGGAUCCUCGAGAAUAUUGCAUUCUAUCCAAGGAAUUUGUGACAGAAAACGGGGUUGUGAAAGGUAUCAAGACAGUUCGUGUUGAAUGGACAAAGGAUAGUGCCGGUCGUUGGGCUAUGGCUGAAGUACCUAAUUCUGAACACGUAUUUGAAGCUGAUCUUGUCUUGCUCUCUAUGGGCUUUGUGGGACCUGAAUCUCAAGUAAUUAAACAAUUAGAAGUGAAGCAAAAUGGUCGUAAUAAUAUUGAGACCCCCAAGGGCAAGUAUGUGACCAAUAUUCCUGGUGUUUAUGCAGCAGGUGAUUGUCGCCGUGGUCAAUCUUUAAUUGUCUGGGCUAUUAAUGAAGGUCGUAUGUGUGCUCGUGAAAUUGAUCUACAUUUGAUGGGUAGCACUAAUAUGCCUGUGACAGGUGGUAUUACUCGUAGAACAAUUAGUACAGAUACCUCUUCUUCUUCUUAAAGCAUAUAUAGAUAUCUAUAUCAUUUUUUUUCAUUUUAUAUUAUAGAAACAAAAAAAACAUCAAGUAUAUUUAUAUGUAAAUGCAUUUGUAUUAAUAUAAAAAAUAAAAUAAUAAUAUAUAAUAUUAAACAAUAAAUACAUUCAUACUUUGAUAUAAUAACA